AUGGCGAAAACGGGCAAAGGGUACGAUUAUGAAACCCUUGAUGGAAAAACGCGAUAUUCGGAAAGCAAACCAUCGAGGACAUUUCUAGCUUUGAACGGUGUUUUAUUCUUGCUCGCCUUUUGCGCUAUUAGCAGAUCAUUCGGACACCAUGCUCGGAAGGAAGCUGGAAUUUAUUUGCCACCUCCUCAGCAAAAAAUGAGCUACAAAGAAGUCCUCGCUUCGUUUUCACCGGAAUGCCCCUCGAGCAGUUCGCUUUCUUCUGUAAGCUGGAAUUUGACAUCGACGGAGAAGCCGGCUUUCGAAUUCUUCGCAAUGAAGUCACACGAUCUGACGAUUCUUGGGCCGAAGUCGACUCUCGUUCAAGAGUUCACGGAGGCGAUGGCAGCCGUUUUAAGCGAGCCCACACGCGAAAGAAGGCAUGCAGCUCACCACCUCGACAAGCUUUUUUACUGGACGAAGACGCUUUCUGUCUUUUCUCAGAGCGAGUUUCUCCUUCCCUCGAUCAAAGAUUCCCAGUCUUCUUCAAUCGUCAGUCCCGAUCUUUUCCUAAGAGCGUCCUCGCUGACAGAAACCCUGGAAAUUCAUUAUGACGAGUCGUUGGAAGUCCCGAUUUUCAUUUUACGCGGUGGGGAGCUUUGGAUGAGCGCCGUUGCUGGCAAUGGCAAACUAGGAGUUCAGGCGCUCGUUCAAGCGCUUCUCCAGGCAAUGGAAUUUGGAAUGAAAGAAACCGGCUAA